AACUUUGCAACACUUACAGUGUAGUGUAACCGAUUGACAUUCGCCGGCAAUUACAACAUGUCAUUGUUGAAAUAAUAAUAACAAUGAAUGACUGUUGUGUCCAUCAUGUUGAAUUUGGCGUGAAAAAUGGCGAGGAAUUUGUAAGAAGGCUCCGGAAUGAGUACAACCUGUCACUGAUCUGCACGCGAUCUACAAAACAGAUCCAACAGUGGGUCUUGCAGUCCGGCACUGCAUGUUUGUUGAUUACGCAACACAAGAAUAAAGGAGAUGCCAAUUUUAACAACGACCCUUAUCAUGUUCCAUGGAUACAUGACAAAAGUACGCCAGAGGUACAGACUAUAUCAGAAAGCGAUUCAGUCUUUAAUGUGGCAUUAAAAGUAAAGGAUAUUACUACAAUUUUAGAUAGAGUCUCAAGGUCAAAAUAUGAUGUUUUAAAACCACUGCAUACAGUGAGUGACAGCCAUGGAACAGUGAAGAUUGCUGUAGUACGAAGUUGUAUAGGCAAUGUUGUCCAUACUUUAAUAGAUGAUUCCGAUUACAGUGGGUUGUUCUUGCCUGAGUUUGUCCCAGCAUCUGAUGAAGCGAUGUUAGCACAUGAAAAGCUGACUACUCAUAUUGAUCAUGUCACUUUUGCUUGUGAAUGUGGAGACUCAGCCAAAGUACUUGAUUGGUACUCCAACAUCUUUGGGAUGUGUCGUUUUCUCAUAAAUAGAGAUGAAGAUGAAGAUAGUGGAUUUGUGAUAGACACAGAAGACAUUGGUCUACGACUGAAGGCAUUUGAAUACUGGAAGUGUGCUGAGACUGGUAUCACCUCUGGAGCUCACCCUAACAGCAUCAAGUUUGUGAUUGCAGAAGCUCUGCCCAAUCAAGGACCAAACCAGGUUGAUACAUUUCUCCGUGACCACCAGGGUCCAGGCAUUCAGCACAUUGGUCUCCACACAGAAGACAUCAUACACACGGUGGCAAAACUGAAAGACAAUGGGGUCCAGUUUGCAGAGCCCCCAUACACAUAUUACACUGAGGUUGGAAAACUAGCAGAAAUCGGUGAUAUAGGUCAGGACCUUGACAUUCUUCGACAGAAUGGAAUUCUGGUUGAUGCAGAGGCAGACACAGGGGAGAUAAUUGAUGGUGUGCAGCAAGAUGUGGGCCAGAGAUAUCUCAUGCAGAAGUUUACCAAGCCGCUGUUUGGCAAGAACACGUUCUUCCUGGAGAUCAUUCAGCGUAUCGGGGCGCGUGGAUUCGGCUCAGGAAACAUUACUGCCUUGUGGAGAUCCGUACAAGCCUACAUGAACAACCAAGAGAAAGGGGCGACACCAUGAAUGCUUAUCUUAAUGUUUGAAUGUAAUUCAAGAGGCAUUAUUUUUGUUAUUGCUGUAUUUCUGUUUCUGACUUGAAUAUAAUUUUUAAUAGUU